GGCCAAACAGAUUAAAUGGAUUUAUGUGCAGCACUAUUUAAGUAGCGGAGGGAAGAGUCACAGGCUGAACGCUGGUACAGAUGUUGACUGAGUAAGAGAAGGAACAAGACUCAAAGUGACAACAGAACUCUUCAGACCUGCUCCCCCCUCUCGUGGCAGACGUCUGCACCCAGCAGAGGAUGCAUCUGGUCCUCAUGGCAGCGGUGCUGGCGGCAGUGGGCGGGGUGGGGCGGGGCUGCAGCUUCGACUGCCGGCCCACCAUCGUCCGGAUCCCCGUGGAGAGCUGUGGCAGCACCGAGUACAUCGACACCACGGUGUGUGCAGGGCAGUGCCACAACAAGGAUCCGGUCUACGUCAGCAAACAGGGUCUGGAGAAGCAGAGCAGCUGUAACGGUGACUGGUCGUACGAGGUGAAGCACAUUAACGGAUGCCCGGUGCCGGUCACCUACCCGGUGGCCAGACACUGCAACUGCUCCAAAUGUAACCCGGAUGACACCGACUGCGGCCCCUUCCUCGGGGACGUCCCCAGCUGUCUGUCCUCCCUCCACUCUCUCUCUCUGUUCACACUGGACUGAAGUACACGCUCAAGUAAUGGAGUUUUGUUUCCUAGUCUCUGAAAUGUGUUUUAUCGUAUAUAAGCAAUGAAAUGAAUGAAAUUAAAACUACUACCCCUUAAAGCCUC